UCUUCUCUGUUUAUUCCUAAUAUGUUUAUGUGAAACAAGCAAUAAACGUGAGUCUUCAUAUACACACUGUGUAUUAUCUUAUAGGCGUUUUUUUUUUUGCCAAUCACAGUGAAGCUUGCUGAAGGUAAAAACUUGUGAUUGUUUUGUGUGAAAGCCACAGCCACAGCCUGAGAGCAGGCGUGAAAGCUGUUACACAGAAGUGUGAGUCGAUUGUGUUAGUUUGUUCUCAUGCACACCUGUGAAGGAUGUUGACAAUUUUUCAAAGAAUUUACCUUGAAUUUACGUUUCUUUUAAACAACAUAUCGCCAUCAAUGGAGCACAAGAGAUGCUUUAGAUCAAUUUGUUACCUACAUUACCCGUAAUGCUUUUCAACAUCCUGCUGAUUAGCUCACUUAGUCCCUCUUUAGUUCCUCUUGCUCUUUUUGUUUUUGAGUAACAGUGUUCUGCAACAUCCCUUAUGUUGAGAUCAUUAAAAUUCUCUAUAAUUUUCUCUUAUUAAACACUGCUGUAACUGCGCUAGAAACAUCCUCCAGUGACUUCAGCGUGAGACACAAAGGUUAACCUGUCACAGGAAUAACCACAAUACAGCAUCAUCCCACAAAUAAGCAGCACAAAUCACUAAACACAGCAACAUACUAACAUUUCAGUGUCCUGUCUACAGUCCCCUCUGCUGUAGCAGUAAUCAGACUGCUCAAUGAAAUGUUAAGCUUCCUAGAUUAAUAGUAAUAAAUAAAAUAGUCGAAUAUUUUUUUCCUCUUCCUCCAGGAUGUACACUCCACAAAUUACAGAGCAGCCAUAGUCGAGAUGAUUAAUGUCCAAUUAAUUGAUUUGAUUGAUUAGUUUGUGUGUGAAUGAUAUUUAAAGAAAAUCUUUCUUUUUUCCUCUUCUCUUCAAAAGGUCCCUCACUAAAUAUUGCUCCUGGGUUCAUGUGUGAUUUCAGUCUGCAAUACAAGUGACCUAAAUAUAAAUGCCCUUAUCACACCUCACACCACACCACACUAUCUCUGGUCCCCCAGGACUGAUCAACUGGUGUCACCAUCUCUCAGGGUGCAAGGAGGGCAGGCAUCGAGACUCUUCUCUGUUCUGGUAGCUGAGCAGUGGAUUGAACUUCCCCUAGAUGUCCAGAUAGCUGUCUCUUCCUCACUUCCAACAACCAUCUAAAGACGUAACUCUCAGUUACAUCCUUAAACUGCUGCUUUAAUAUUAUUUUUUUUCUUACUCUCACUCGUCAGUGUGUUUUUUUGGCUGUGACUGUGGCACUUGAGCUCUGUGGUUUGUUUUAGAUACUACAGGAAGUGACAUUUCUCGAUCAUGUUUUCUCAUCAGAAGUGCACUGAAUGCUACAUUUCUGCAAGCUGCUGCUUAAUGGUUGUAUGAUGGUGCUGCUUUUCAACAUAUGUCUGUGGAUGCUUUGGUGUUGCUGGAUGUUUGUCAAAGGUGAACAUCUGUGCAAAGAUAAACUUUUAAAACGCUCUAAUGUUUCUACUGAGCUCCGGUCUGAUGUCCUGCUGCCGUGUGACUUCGAUCCGGCUCUCCUCGGAUCAGAUAAGACUGCAGAUAUAGCAGUGCAGUGGAGACAGAUAAACACAACAUCACACGGUUUACUGGAGAUCUCUCUACAGGGAGAAGCGAUGUUCUGGAAUAAUAAAAAAGGACGUAUCAAGCAUUUUCCUAAGCUCUCUGAAUCAGGAAACUUCUCCCUCCUCCUUCAGAAAGUGCAGCCGUAUGAUCUGAGUCUCUACACAUGUGAGCUGUUUAAUGGGACCAGCAGUAUUGGGUGUCAGGAGAUAGAGCUGCAAAAUGAGAAUCCGCAGUUAAUUUGGAUCAUAGCAGGAGUGUUAGCCGGAGGAACUGUGCUGCUUGCUGUACUCACAACCUGUUUGCUGUGUGCGAAACGAAAGCCCCAGCCGCACCCUGAGAGCGUUCAAGGCAAUUGUCCAUAUGAUAACCCAAUCUAUGACACCUAUCAUAACACAGUACAGGUCAGCCAUGGCAGUGAUGCUCAUGUGGAAGAAAACCCCAUCUAUGAGACUGUUUGGAACAGCAGAGGCAGCAUGUGAUGAAGGCUCAUAUCCUCAUCAGAUGGGAAAAAAUGCAGGAGAGUCGUUUAUAUCUGAAGGCUAAUACACAAUUUGGUCAUUACUGCACUGUUAACGUGUGUAAUAUGUGGUCUUUGGAAUAAAUGCAGAAUUUAUGUAAAAAAAAUGAAUUGGGUGGAAUUCUGUUAUGUUACACUAUGUAUGUGAUGUGGGGGGGGGGUUCUUCUGGGAAUGAGAUGAGAGCAACUAAACAGCAUUUUCUG